AUGCGUGGACUUUUCACUGCUACAAUCGGCAUGCUGGCCGCCCUGGCUACCGCAGACACAACCUGUGCUCCAGGUUUAUACAUCCUCAUCGCGCGAGGAUCAGGCGAACCAGCCGCAGGUACGCCCGUGCCUAAGCAAGGAAUCACACUCCCCCCGUUCACGGGGAGUAUUGGAGCCGUCGGCGAGCUUGUUGCGAGCCAGCUCAAUGGCACUGUCGUCGCAGGCGUGGACUACCCAGCAACAAAUCCGCUUCCAAGCACGGACGACAACGAAACCACGAUUGACCCGUCGGAUUUUAAGUCGUUGAAUUUGACCGAUUACCAUUCGUCGGUGAAUAAUGGGACAAGCUCUAUCAUAGACGAAGUCAACCAGUACCACAAGGCAUGUCCGGAUGGGAAAAUCGCUCUUAUCGGCUACUCGCAGGGCGCCCAAGUCGUCAUGAAUUCCCUUUGCGGUGGCUCUGGCGACGGGUUCAACACCGACGAGCCACUAUCACCAGCGCUGGUCAAGAGUAACAUUGUUUCCGUCGCCAUCGUCGCCGAUCCAACACACAUUGCCAAUCUGACCAUCGACCGCGGCAACAGUACUCAGGAUGGCGUCUUCUCUCGCCAAAACACCACCGUAUGUCAGCAGUACGACAACAUCAUCGCAUCAUGGUGCGACGCGGACGACGCAUUUUGCGAUUCCGGGGAUAGCAUCGCCGUGCACGAGUCGUACCUAGGUAUUUACGGAAAGGAGAUUGCAGAGUGGGUGGGCGAGGGGUACGUUAAUGCGACGACGUCUCAAUCUGGCUCAGGCUCGAACGCAACUGGUACUGCUACUACUACCCCUUCCACCACAGCGACGGCCACGGCGACAUCCACGACGACGUCCACUGGCGCUGCGUCUGCCCUGGUCCGGGACGGAGGCUUGUUGCUGGGAAUGAUGGGAUUGCUUUCUGUGUUGGCGCUGUAG